UCUCUCUCUCUCUCUCUUAACGGCUUACCUUACAUUACAUGCUGUGCUGAUCCUCAGUUUCAACAGCAAUUAAUAAGUUACAAAACUAACUAAUAACUGAUUAUAUAUAGCUUAAUCAGCUAGCUAGACAGAGGAGACGAUGGAGGCGGACAAAGAUUAUUCCCACAACCAAAUCAACCCAACAGGAACAACGGAGCUAAAAACAACAAGAAAUAAGUUAAUUUACCUGUCUUUCUCUAAUCGUGUGAAGCUCCAUAAGCUACCCCACCUAACCGACAACUACGCUACUACUACUACUACUAGUGAUGAUGAUCUCUCAUCAUCAUCAUCAGGCGGCUUUCAAAGGAGCAGCAGCAGCGGCCACACCAACCCACUUGAAGACAAUCCCUUCUACCACCCCUCCCACUCCCAUGGCUUCUACAUAACCCCGUCCGACGUUGUCCUCCGCCACAUCGUCUACGACUACCAACACCAACCUAGUUCUGCUUCUGCUACUUCCUUAGAUGAUGAUGAUGAUGAUGAUGAUGAUGCUGCUGCUGCUGCCUAUCACCGCGCUGGCCCACGACGCCAAAUCUUUUUCCAGGUGUCAAGCACAAAGGCCGCUAUUGUCACCUGCGGUGGCCUCUGCCCGGGCCUCAACACCGUCGUUCGAGAGCUCGUUCUUGGCCUCUGGGACCUCUACGCUGUCCGUCAAAUUUUCGGUAUCAAGGCUGGCUACCGUGGCUUUUGCUCCAAGGAAUUGGAACCCCUGCAACUUAACCCCAAGCUUGUCCACAACUGGCACAAGAUCGGUGGCACCAUUCUCCAGACCUCCAGAGGUGGCUUCCAUCUUCAAACCAUUGUCGAUGCCAUCCAACAUCGCGGCUAUAAUCAGCUGUACAUUGUAGGUGGAGACGGCACGAUGCGCGGGGCGGUGGAGAUAUUUCAUGAGAUUCGUCGGAGAAAACUGAAUAUUGCAGUGACUGGGAUUCCGAAAACUGUGGACAAUGAUGUAGGUAUCAUUGACAGGUCUUUCGGGUUCCAGACAGCAGUAGAAAUGGCGCAGCAGGCAAUAAGUGCAGCUCAUGUGGAGGCUGAGAGUGCAGUGAAUGGAAUAGGGUUGGUGAAGUUAAUGGGUCGAAGUACAGGUCAUAUUGCUCUGCAUGCAACAUUGAGCAGCCGUGACGUGGACUGCUGCAUAAUUCCUGAAAUUCCAUUUUACCUGGAAGGAAAAGGAGGGCUAUUCGAAUUCCUUGAGAAGCGAUUGAGGGAGAAUGGACAUGCAGUGUUGGUGGUGGCUGAGGGAGGCGGACAGGAUUAUAUGAGGAGGAGGAUGGGCAUGGACAGAAUUAAUGAGGACGAUGCUCAGAACCAGAAACAGGAGGACAUAAGUAUAAGGGCCGCUGGUGGUAGAGAUGAAUCAGGGAACCCAGUGUUCCUGGACGUGGGGCAAUGGCUCAAGUCGGAGCUAAACAAGUGGUGGAGGAGGGAGCACCCAAAUGAGCUCUUCACAGUCAAGUACAUAGAUCCCACCUACAUGAUACGCGCCGUCCCUGCAAAUGCGACAGAUAACUUGUACUGCACGCUUGUUGCGCAUUCAGCCAUUCAUGGAGUCAUGGCAGGGUAUACUGGGUUUGUGUCUGGCCCCGUCAAUGGAAACUAUGCUUACAUUCCACUUGAAGAGGUCGCAAAGGCUAAAAAUGAAGUCGAUACUAGAGACCAUAAAUGGGCCUGGGUCAGAUCAGUCACCAACCAGCCUGAUUUUCAGACAAAGAGCUAGCUAAUCGAUCGAGCCA